GGCGAUAAUGCCGAGCAAACGCCGCAGGAGCGAGGAAAUGAUACUCUCUGGAAGCAUGACAUGAUUUCGCUUGUAAACAUCACAUAAGAAAACACUUUCUAUUUGUUGGAUGUGCUUAUUAUGUUCUUGUAAUAUCUGCGUAUAGUUUGUAGUUUUGUUAUCAACCAGAUUUGAGGGAAAUAUACCCAAAUAAUACGCGUUAAAGAUGAGCAACAUAUAUAUUCAAGAGCCACCCACGAAUGGAAAGGUCUUGCUGAAGACCACUGCAGGUGAUAUUGAUAUAGAGCUCUGGUCUAAGGAAGCUCCCAAGGCAUGUAGAAACUUCACUCAGCUCUGUAUGGAGGGUUACUAUGAUGGCACAAUCUUUCAUCGUGUGGUGCCAGAAUUCAUUGUUCAAGGAGGUGAUCCGACAGGCACCGGGAUGGGUGGGGAGUCCAUCUAUGGUCGCCCUUUCAAGGAUGAAUUUCACUCCAGAUUGCGCUUCAAUCGGAGAGGUUUGGUUGCUAUGGCAAAUGCAGGACCUCAUGAUAAUGGGAGCCAGUUUUUCUUUACUCUUGGACGGGCUGAUGAACUCAACAACAAACACACCAUUUUUGGAAAGGUCACAGGAGAUACGGUGUAUAACAUAAUCAGGUUAGCAGAGGUGGAGUGUGACCGUGAUGAACGGCCGCUCAACCCACACAAAAUUCGAUCCACAGAGGUCUUACAUUCUCCCUUUGAUGACAUUGUUCCACGUGAAAUUAAAGUUAAAAAAGAGAAAAACAAAGAAGAAGGGAAGAAGUCACAGUCCAAAGCAACAAAGAAUUUCAACUUGUUGUCGUUUGGUGAGGAGGCCGAGGAAGAUGAGGAGAUGGUCAAUCAAGUCAGCCAGACCAUGAAAGGAAAAAGCAAAAGCAGUCAUGACCUGCUGAAGGAUGAUCCCAAGUUAAGCUCUGUUCCUGUCGUUGACAGGAACCAAAGUGGCGGAGAUGAUUUUGAGGAUGCAGGUGAUGAUUCAGAGGAUGACAGCGAUCUUGAAUCAGAGAGGGAGAGGAUCAGAGAGAACAUCUCUCAGAAACUAAAGAAAGACAAGACGGAUGAGAAGAAAUCCAAUCCAGACACGGUGAAGAAGACUUCCCGCAGUGAUGAAUUGAGAAAAGAAGCUCGCCAGCUGAAGAAAGAAUUACUUGCAAUCAAACAGCGAAAAGAAGAUGGUGUGAAGAAAGAAGAGGAUGUCAGUGAGGGUGACAGUAAGCCGAGCAGUGAGGCGGUGACAGAGUACCUGGAGAGCAGGAAGAAGUAUGAAGACAUGAGGAAGAAGAAACUGAAGAAAGGUUCUGGCCGAGAGGCUCAGACACUCGCCCUUUUGGACCGCUUCAAAUCCAAACUAUCAUCUGUGAUUUCGGAGUCUCCUAGUGUUCCAGAGGAAGACGUCGAGGAACUUGGCGAGGAUGACGAUAAGGGCUGGAUGGCCCAUGUUCUGCACUUUGAUGAACAAACCAGAAAGGUAAAAGAUGCCAACAUGCAGGACGAAGACACAUUCGAGAUCUAUGAUCCACGCAACCCCGUCAACAAGAGGAGACGAGAGGAGAGCAAAAAACUCAUGAAAGAGAAGAAAGCCAGGAGGUGAGACUGCAGCUACACCCAAAAUGCCCGUCUGGAGUGACUCCUAUCGUUAGAAAUGGUGCAACAUAAGGCGGAUAAGCAUUUCUAGCUGAGAAGAAUUGUAUUAACUGUGUGUGGGAGAUAUCUGCAAACUCUUUAUUGAAAAGACAUUCAUUUCUGUCUACAAAUUUUGAGGAUGCUUAUGAUGAUGGCAAGCAUUUAUUGUUUUUAACCCAUAGAGGAAAGGCAAUGCCGCCAUCUUAUUCCUCAGUGAAUUUGUUUUGCAUCUUUAUGCAAAACAAACCUCUUCAUGCACCAGUUUAAUCAUUCUCUUGAAAUGACAGUGUACAUUUUCAUCACGGUAAUAAAAUGUAUUAUUUCUGAUA